UCCCGGUUUAAAAAUUUGUACAGAACAAACAGCUCUUUGAACUGUAAAAACGCUGUAAACACCAUUAGCACUUUAACAUUACCAGGAAAGAAUUGUCCUAUAGCGAAACAGAAUGCCCUUUACCGGUACUUGCCUCGGAAAUUUUCGUGUAGUGACAAUAAAACUUGUACAAAUUUGGUCUAAAGGUAACUUUCAAUUCCCUGAUAUACGACACCAUGGCUUCUUUCCGGCUCAGACGAAUCUUAUUGGUUGAAAGAAAUCAGGAGAGCAAAGAACAACUUACCAAGAUCACGAGCUCUAAGAACGCGUUCAUCGAGAUAUUUUAGGAUGUAAAAUAGUGAAGCUUGUUUGUGGACUUUGCAUGACACUGAUCGGGUUUGAACGCCUCUUUGAUUGUUCGGGCUCUAGUCAUUUUAACGUGUAUGGACGAGUUUAGUUGUUUGUAGCGCACUGUGAGUAAAUAUCAACACGUACAAUUUACUUACGGGUGUCAUUGUAUGGAGAUCACCAUUCAGACAGAUUCACUAACGCAACAAUGGUGCUGUUUUUGUUUUUCGUUGUUUUCCUGGCAGAUACUGUUGAAGGUGUGAGAUCCCCUGAGAGGCCAGUUGUCCCAAAUGUCACAGCCAUUAGCUCAACUGAAGUGCGUGUCACGUGGUGUCGAGUGAACUCUAACAAAGUUGAAAUAGAUCAUUAUGAGCUGUUUAUUGACAGCCAGCUGGAGUACUCAGGGUUAGAUGUGUUGUACAUGGCAAAACGUUUAAAACCAUGGUCAUGGUAUGAAGUCAAGUUAAGGGCAUGUGGCUUCUCCCCAGGUUCAUGUUCUCCUUUCUCAAUUCCUGCUUUAGUGAAGACGUUAAGAGACAGAGACAACAGUACAGUAAUACAGUCUGGCGUUACUUUGUUUAAAGUCAUCUUUGUCCCAACAUACAUGUUCAUCUUAGGGGUGAUUGCAGGAGUGUUGGCCAUUUCCUUCAUUCUGGCAUGGAGAUACCUUCAGAGUGUUGAUUUGUCGGGAGGAUCAGCAUUUGAGUUGCCGCAAUACCAUAAAUUGCCAAACAAGGAUGACUACCAAACCCUCUUCCUAGAAAAUAUACCAGAUGCCGAGAACAAUCCUCUGGAGAACUUGGAAAACACUAUGUAUUUGACAAAGGCUUGUCAAGUUGAUGACAAAGAUUCUCAUUAUCUUGAAAUAUCCAGCUCUGGGAAGGCUGAUGUUCAGAGUAGUUUCAUCGCAACCACAACUCGCAAUGCUAAACCAUCUGGUCUGUAUUUUGUGGGGACUGUACAGGAGAACCCGGUUCCCCAUCAAGAUGUUAGAGAUCGGUUAUACAGCCAUCAACUUGAUUACUACAACUGCAGCAGCCACGUUAAUUCCAAAGAUAAAAAAUAUGUUCAGAUCGAAAAUCGUAAAGAUGUGAAUUAUGAAAGUCACAAUGAAUUAUGUGAAAAACUACCACAAAAUUGCAAGAAUGAUGGAGCAGUUAAAGAUCGGGAAAGAACUAAAAGUUUACCAAAUGUUGCUGAUACUUUAGUGCCAUCCAUUCCAACAAAGAAAGCUCAAUCACUUGAAAAUUUGCAUGCCUCCCUUAAAGGCAACAGUUCACAUCCACCAUUAUUGAUACAAUCAUCUCCAUUAAGUGUACAAUCUCAAUUCAAUGAACAAAAAGCUAGGACAGAAGUGACAAGGGAGUCUUCUUUACAUUCUCAUAACGGGAUGGUUGUAGCAAUAGACAAUAGCAAUAUAUACAUUGGUGCACAGGAGUGUGCGAGCAUGGUGAAUCCAGGCGCUCGCAAGAGACAUAUUCGAGUCAAGCUACAGAAUCUUGUUAGAAUUCUUGAAAAAGAAAGGACUAAAACAAGAGGCUUUGCUUGUGGAUCUAGCCCACCUGCAACUGAACAUGUCUGGGAAGUUUACAGACGCAUGGGAUAUACUGUUGAUCUUGAGGAGAGAAGGGGAAAAGAUGAGCAGAGAGUAGAUGAAGGACUUCACUUGUGGAUCUACAAGGCCCUUUGUGAACUGGCCCCAGGGAUACUAGUAUUAGCCACAGGAGAUGGGAUGAAAGGCAAGUCAGAGUGUGACACCAGUUUCCCCAGAUGUGCCGUCACUGCUCUGGAGAGGGGAUGGAGUGUUGAAGUAUACUCAUGGAAACACAGCUUGAGUAGUGAGUGGAUUAAACUGGCUAAAAAGUACCCCGAGGCACUGACAAUCAACUACUUAGACAAACAUGUGAAUUAUAUCACAUUUGUGGAUGGAAAAUAUGGAAGGAAACGUUUGCCACUUCCAGCAUCAGAGGCAUAAUGAUGUCAUUCAAAGAAGUACAAUAACACAAAGGAAGUAGGGGGGGGAGGAGAGGGGCAGACACAAGAAUUUGGCAAACUUUAAGAAAGCCAAUUUACAUUGAAAAAACUUAAUUUAAAAAGUAGUAAUCGUGCAGCUAAGAGCAGAUAAAAAUACUAGCCACAACUCUCUCACCAAUCUUAUUAGAAAGCAAAAUCACAAAUUAAAAAUCUUUAUAAAUUUUAUGGGUAUUAACAUGUGCUUCCCCCCUGAAUUACUGUCAAACCCACUUUGCAUUAGUGAGAUGCUUUCAUAGAAGUGUGGUUUAAAGAGUAAAAAUAAAAUUUCAACUCAGACAAAGUGCCUGCAUGUACUGGAGCUAGAAGACAGGUACUGCUGUUUUUUCACUUUUCAAUUUCAAAAGACAAGAUAUUUUUUUUUAAAUCACUUCGAGGUGUAAGUUUACUGUACAGAUUGCAUGUAUUAGAUGUUAACUUUUAUUAAUUACAUGUAGCUCAAAGCAAACGUGUGAACCAGGAAGUAAAUAUAAGAAUAAAAAUUCAAAGUUCAUCUGUCAGCA